CCGUGAAUGUAGCGAUAUAUAAAUACUUGGAGCUUCAGUCUGGUCUACCCGGUGAUCAUCUCAGGUUGGUCAUAUUUAAUCAGCUCGGUUGUCAGAUUAAAAAAUGUUUCGGAGCCUGCUUCUCGCCAUCGUUUGCGGAUUUGCAGCGGCCGUUACCAACUCAGAACUGGACCGGCACUGGGAGCUAUGGAAGAAGAUGCAUAAUAAAGUCUAUCCUCAACAGAUCGAGGAGUUGGGUCGCAGGCGGAUAUGGGAAGAGAACUUGGAGAUGAUUAAUGUCCAUAACCUGGAAACCUCCCUGGGCUUGCACACCUAUGAGCUGGCCAUGAACCACCUGGGAGACCUGACCACUGAGGAGAUCACUAGCAUGCUGAUGGGUACUGUGGUACCCUCUGACCUGGAGAGGAAACCGUCUGAACCUGCCAAGGUCAACAACUCUCUACCACAGUCUGUGGACUGGAGGAAGGAAGGCCUGGUGACUGAGGUCAAAAUGCAGGGUUCUUGUGGCUCUUGUUGGGCCUUCAGUGCUGUUGGCUCUCUGGAAGGACAACUCAAGAAGACGACAGGUGUCCUGGUGUCCCUCAGUCCUCAGAACCUGGUGGAUUGCUCCAUAAAAUACGGCAACUACGGGUGCAACGGUGGCUUUAUGACAAACUCCUUCGAAUACGUCAUGAAAAACGAAGGCAUAGAUUCUGAUGCAGCCUACCCCUAUGUCGGCAAGCGUGGUCAAUGCAAGUAUAACGCUCAGCACCGGGCUGCUAACUGCUCAGGCUAUGCAGUCUUACCCGAAGGAGAUGAGUUUGCGUUGAAGGAAGCUGUAGCGAGCUUUGGCCCAAUCUCUGUGGCAAUUGACGCCUCCAGACCAAAGUUUGUCUUCUAUCGUCAUGGUGUGUACAGGGACCACACAUGCUCUCACGAUGUGAACCAUGGCGUGCUGGUUGUCGGCUACGGCACUCAAAAAGGACAAGACUACUGGCUGGUCAAAAACAGUUGGGGUCUACACUACGGAGAUGAAGGCUACAUCAGGAUGGCUCGCAACAGGCACAACCAGUGUGGCAUCGCACUCUAUGCUUGUUUCCCCAUCAUGUGAUCAGCCAAGAAUUUUUGGAUAUGGUUGGGACAUCUUUUAAAUAAAGAAUCUGACUCUUAA